AUGAACUCAUCAGAGCCCGUCUGGCUCUGGGAAGAGCCGUGGAACCUGAGCAGAGCGGAGGAAGAGGAGCAGAAACUUUUAUUCGGGAUCGGCACGGAUAAUUUCAUCACGCUGCUGGUUUUCGGGCUCAUCUUUACGCUCGGUGUGCUGGGCAACUCCAUGGUGAUCACCGUGCUGGCCCGGAGCAAACCGGGGAAACCACGGAGCACCACCAACAUAUUCAUCCUCAACCUGAGCAUAGCAGACCUCUCCUACCUGCUCUUCUGCAUCCCUUUCCAGUCCACCAUCUACAUGAUGCCGACGUGGGUCCUGGGCGCGUUCAUUUGCAAAUUCAUCCACUAUUUCUUCACCGUGUCCAUGCUGGUCAGCAUCUUCACUCUGUCUGCCAUGUCCGUGGACCGAUACAUUGCCAUUGUGCAUUCCAGAAAGUCCUCCUCUAUCCGAGUGGCCAAGCACGCUCUGAUCGGAGUGGUGGUGAUUUGGAUACUCUCUCUGGCCAUGGCUGCGCCGGUCAUGUAUUACCAGAACAUUUUCCACAGAGGCGAGAAUCACACCUUCUGCUGGGAAGUGUGGCCAGAUCAAAACCAGAAGAAAGUCUAUGUCGUGUGCACGUUUGUUUUUGGUUAUGUGUUGCCUCUGCUUCUCAUUACCUUCUGUUAUGCAAAGGUUUUAAAUCACUUGCACAAAAAACUAAGAAAUAUGUCCAAAAAGUCAGAGGCAUCAAAGAAGAAGACUGCUCAGACGGUCCUGGUGGUGGUGGUGGUGUUCUGCCUCUCUUGGCUCCCCCAUCACGUCGUCCACCUGUGGGUGGAGUUCGGGACCUUCCCCCUGAACCAGGCCUCCUUCGUGUUGCGGGUGGCCGCCCACUGCCUGGCGUACAGCAACUCAUCUGUCAACCCGGUAAUCUACGCCUUCCUGUCAGAGAACUUCAGGAAGGCGUACAAGCAGGUGUUCAAAUGCCAGAUCGGCACCAGCGACUCCCCGCUCAACGACAUCAAGGAGAUCCGCAGCAAAGCAGACACGCCGCCCUCGACUAACUGCACCAACGUUUGA